UGUGUGGGCGGGGCUUGUCGUCCGGCAGUACUUGCCCGGACACCGGGGCAAGCUCAGCUGUCAUCCGAUACCAAACAUGGCAGGAAAUAAGUCUUGCACUAUAGUUGAAUAUUUCGGCGGAGAUGAUGGUUACCGCUGCGGUUACUGUAAAAAUGAAAAGGGAAACUUUUCUCAUGGGAUGUGGUCUCACACCAUGACUGUACAGGACUACCAAGACCUCAUAGACCGAGGAUGGAGAAGAAGUGGGAAAUACGUCUAUAAGCCCAUAAUGAACAAGACAUGCUGUCCACAAUACACCAUCAGAUGCCAUGCACUGAAAUUCCAGCCUUCCAAAUCCCACAAGAAAAUCCUAAAGAAGAUGAGCAAAUUUCUUUCCAAAGGGGAAUUACCAAAAGGACAGGAUGAUGGGGAGCCAAUGGACUCAGUGUGUGAAGAAGCAGGUCCACGGGAACCGAGUAAAGCCUGUCACUCAGAAGUAAAGUGUGCUGCUAUAACAGACAUUCAGAAGGUAGUAGCAGAGUGUCCCGCUAUCACAGAAGUUCAGGAGGAGGCAGCGGAUGCCGCACCUGCUGGCUCAGAAACCUCAAGAAAGGAUUCAGUGUCUCUGGAUGGGAGAACAACAGCCACAGCUCCUAAACCGGGGGUGGGAGCUGAUGCUAGUCGACCUCCAUGUCGGAAAGCCAAAGACUUGAGGAAGGAGCGACGUCUUCAGAAAGAGCAGAUGAGGCAUGACGCUGAUGGGGUAUCUUCCAUUGUCUCUCCUACUCCACCCACUCCCACCCAGACCAACCAACCCAAACCCCUGGAAGAUUUCAUCACUGAGUCAUUACCUGACAACUCUACUCAUUGCCUUGAGGUGAGGCUAGUGCGCUCCAAUCCCCCUUGCCCGCAGUUCAAAGCCUCUUUCGACGCCUCCUACCAGGUGUACAAACUCUACCAGAUGGCCAUUCACAAGGACCCUCCUGACAAACCCUCCGAGAGCCAGGUGAGGCUAGUGCCGGUCAGCUUUGAGGACCCUCAAUUCACAGCGUCCUAUCAGCAGUCGGUGGCGCUGUUCGCCUGCUACCAGAUGGCCAUUCAUGGUGAUGACCCCAGCGAAUGUAGUGAGAGUGAGUUCCGGAGAUUUCUUUGUGAUUCACCACUAGAGGCCGAAUAUUCUCUAGAUGGGCCCGAGGUGGGCUAUGGCUCCUUCCACCAGCAAUACUGGCUGGACGGGCGUAUCGUGGCGGUGGGGGUGAUCGAUAUCCUGCCUACCUGUGUGUCCUCUGUCUACCUGUACUACCACCCAGAUUUUGCCUCACUGUCUCUGGGCUCCUACUCUGCUCUCAGGGAGAUCACUUUCACCAGGCAGCUGCAGAAACAGUCCCCCAAGCUGUCCUACUACUACCUGGGCUUUUACAUUCACUCCUGUCCCAAGAUGCGGUAUAAGGGGCAGUACCGGCCUUCAGAACUUCUGUGCCCAGAAACCUUUGUCUGGGUACCAAUAGAGCGAUGCCUACCCCAGCUGGAGAACUCCCGCUAUGCUCGUUUCAACCAGGAUCUUGAUGCAGGAGAUGUUCGCGUGCUGAAGGAUGUGGGCAGAGCUCUGGUGCUUUACAGACGAACCGUCAUGCCCUAUGCAGCCUACUCCCGCAAACGCAAAGGUUCCAGCGACGAGACGGAGGUGCAGCAGUACGCUGGCUUGGUUGGCCAGGAAUGCGCUGAAAGGAUCUUGCUCUACCGCGCCUAAACAUACAAAGUCACACCACUGCACCUUUUAUAAUAUACCUAAAUCCACACUUCCCAACAAUGUCUGUUUGUUUCUGUAUGUCAAAGUGCUUUCUGCUGCCCCUCCAAGUAGUGUCACCAUACUUAGCUCUACACAGGCUGAAACAAUGCAGUAGCCACCCACUAUCUGCUGUAUGUAUGUGUGUGUGUGUGUGUGCUUCACCCAUUGGCCUCAUUCACAUUUAUUUCAUUUAGUUUAGUUACAUUUUAUCCUGCAGUUUAGUUUAUGUGAGUUAAGCUCUUGUACUCUCCACAGGAACCAGCCUCUUGAAUGAUUUUAAUUUUCAUAUAUUCAUCGCUUUGAUUUUUUUUUUUUGCGCCAUCCUCAAUCCUGAAUUUGAAUAAUGAUAUGAUGAAGUGUCUAGCUACAGGCAGGUGACCGCUCUUUCCUGAACUAACACGGGUUGACUUACGUCACCAUCACCUCUUGAAGAGCAUGAAUGUUCAGUGAUAUUAAACAUUGGUUUUCAACUGCUUAGAUUACAUCCCAAAACUUCAGUAUCACUCACCACAGCACCACAGCAUUGAUUUUUACCUCUGAAUUUAUGUGAAGAAAAGAAUUUGCUGUUUUCAGUGUUUUUGUCUGUAUGUAUAGCUUUAUUUGCUUUUCUUUUAUCAAUUGACACUGUUAUUUUUUUUGUUAAACUAAAUAAAGGGGUUGUAUAUUC